CAGUGUGAACGGACCGUGUGGAAUGCAUUGCGCUCUUCUCGGCGCGCUCAGACCCUCGUGCGCUUUAAAGCUUUGGCCACGCCGCCUGUCCAAGUAGGGAUUCGGAACGCCUGGCCACGCCAUCUCAUUGAUCCUUAUUUUUGUCCAGUAUAUCAACUAGCUCCCAGAAGCCUCCGCGAAUCAGCCGCAGGUUAUCCGGUUUUCAGACUGGGUUUGAAUGAGCGCGCGCUAGACGGAGCUGCAUGCGCGCGGACACGGACGUCGCUCUCAGUUCAGUUCAGUUCAGCACGGGACGCGUCGAAAUAACACUUUCAGUGCUUGUCAGUCAUUCUGCUCCUGUCUCUGCAUGGUGAUUAUUUACACAGUAUUGCACGGUUGAAAGAGAGUUAUGAAGGCUUCAGAAGCCCCAAACCAGUCCAGGUGCGCUGCGAAAAUGGAGAGCGACUCGAGCUGCGGCGGAAAGCGGCAUUACCUCAAAACCAUCACCGGUGCGAUCCCGUUUGUUUUCUCCAUCGCUUCCGUCGCCUUUUGCAUCCUACUGGGGAUUCAAAGCAGUGACCUAAAGAACAGAAUGCUCGAUUUGGAAAGCAGCAAUGGAGAGCGCCUCUCACACCCGUUUGCUGAGGUUUCCAUAGACGAGUUUAACUCAAUGGUACAGGAGAGAGUGGACGAGGUCCUGGCACAGCACUCCUAUGAACAUUUUGCACGCAUAAGGACUGCACGUGAAGUCUCACCUGACUGCAACUGCCCACCAGGCCCACCGGGAAAGCGAGGAAGAAGAGGACACAACGGUGAACCCGGACCCCCUGGUCCACCAGGUCCGAAAGGUGAGAAGGGAGAUCAAGGAGACCAGGGACCGCGGAUGGUCUUCCCUAAGAUCAAUCAUGGCUUUCUUUCUGCUGAUCAGCAGCUCAUUAAGCGUCGGCUCAUUAAGGGUGAUCAGGGUCAAGCAGGCCCUCCAGGACCUCCUGGACCUCCUGGUCCUCCUGGUCCCAGGGGACCCCCAGGAGACACAGGGAAGGAUGGUCCCAGGGGAGCACCAGGGCUACCAGGUGACCCAGGAAGCCCAGGAGAGCUUGGCCCUGUGGGACCCGAGGGCCCUCCAGGACUCAAGGGGUCCACUGGGCCACCUGGCAUUCCAGGUAUCGACGGAUUGAAGGGGGAGGUGGGUAUGCCCGGAUUAGAUGGAAUCCCUGGUGCCAAGGGUGACAAAGGAGAGCAAGGUGAAAAGGGUGACAUGGGAGAAGAGGGGCCAAAGGGCAAUGUUGGUGAGAAGGGUGAUGCGGGGUCUUCUGCUGCUGGCAUUAAGGGUGAACCAGGUGAACCAGGACGAAGUGGGCAAAAGGGAGAACCAGGACUUCCAGGGCUGCCUGGACUUCCCGGAAUAAAGGGUGAACCUGGCUUUCUCGGCCCGCAGGGUGAGCCAGGGCUGCCAGGACUACCUGGAACCAAGGGAGAGCGAGGAGAGCCGGGGCCGCCAGGAAAGGGUGAACGUGGGGAGACAGGCCCAGUUGGACCAAAGGGAGCACAAGGGGAGCCAGGAACACCAGGCCUCAAAGGAUCCAAGGGGGACACUGGAGACAAAGGAGAUGUUGGACUUAUAGGACCCAGAGGUCCAUCUGGAGAGAAAGGUGACCAGGGCACAACUGAAAUAAUCGACUACAAUGGAAACAUCCAAGAAGCGCUUCAGAAGAUAACCACUAUUACAGUGACGGGUCCCCCUGGGCCUCCUGGACCAAUUGGACCACAGGGCAUUAAGGGUGAUCAAGGUCCUCCAGGUCUUCCAGGCCUUGAUGGAGAACGGGGUCACAAGGGUUCAAAAGGAGACAUGGGAAUGCCAGGAAUGUCUGGUGAUAAGGGAUCUGUAGGAUUGCCCGGGCUACCAGGCUUCAAUGGUCAGAAAGGAGAAAAAGGUGAUACUGGCCUGCCUGGACCUCAAGGACCAUCUAUUAUAGGCCCUCCUGGGGCACUUGGUCCACAUGGUCCUCCUGGUCCAAUGGGCCCACAUGGAUUCCCUGGACAAAAGGGGGAAGCAGGUUUGCCUGGUUUGAAGGGAGCACGCGGGGAGCCCGGGCAUAAGGGUGACCGUGGACCCCUGGGCCUCCCCGGUACAGAUGGCCCAAUUGGUGCUCCUGGUCCUGCUGGUCCUAAAGGAGAUAGAGGUGAGAAAGGUGUUACAGGUGAACCUGGACCAAGAGGACCGUAUGGAUUACCUGGUGCUGCUGGGACACCUGGCUUGGAUGGGUUACCAGGCUUAAGGGGAGAGAAGGGCGACGUGGGGGAAAGAGGAGAAAAGGGUUUCCGGGGCUUUAAGGGUGAAAAGGGUGAGCCAGGCCAGCCUGGUCUGGAUGGGCUGGAUGCCCCGUGCCAAUUGGGGCCAGAUGGAUUACCAAUGCCUGGCUGCUGGCAAAAGGGAGUCACACCUUGGCUGGUGGCUUGAGAGAGUCAUUUAAGUGGAGGUAGAAUGAGAUUGUUGGUUUCCUUUAUUGUAAAGAGGUCAGCCCCUUCAGCACCUCGGGAUUUCACUCCCCGAGCGCCGUGACUUAUUGAAAUGAACAACGAACUGUGAUCGCAGGAUGAGUGGAAGAAAGAGACAGCUGCUGCACUGUCUUCAUCUAAUCCAUGGCAGAUCAGAAACUCCAACCUAAAUGCACUUUACUGGAGUGGGUGUGUGCAAAAGGAUGGAGAUUUCCAACACCAGUCCCAUCAUCAGGAAUGGCGUCUCUGUAUUCCUCUGAAAUGGGACACUUGAUGGGAUCUACUGAGGAUGACGCGAUGACAUUUUUUUGUUUUUAAAAAAAGGUUUCUUUUAUACACACACACACACAAAUAUCACACACACACACACACACAUAUCUCAGUAGUAACUCAAGUCUUUUGUUAUUCAGUUAUUGUCAUUCCUUUAUUGUAGGCAUUUACUUUGUGUUUUGAAAAAUGUUUCACACAGAAUGAAGAAUUCCGAAAUAUACAAUAUUGCAGCUGAUGAAAAACAUUUUUAAAAAAACAUUCUGUUUAUAUGUCACAAGCAGUUGGUGACACAGAAAUACAGGUUUUUCUUUCUUUGUAUCGUUUUUAUGGUUUUAAUAUAACUGAUGUUCCUGCAUGUUAAGGUGAAAUAGUGUCCCUUGCUCCUGUAAACUUUGACAACUUUUAAGGAGUGCGUGUUUUAUUCUGAAGCAAGCGGUUAUGUUAGUCAUCACUCCGGAUGACAUUUAAGUUGUUUUAUUUCUAUAAUUUGUGCCAGAAUAUUUUUACAUUUACAAAAAUGUAGAUUUACACAAAUGUUUCCAAUCCAGUCAAAGUUCCAGCAAACACAAGGGGCAGCACUGACAGAGUUUUUUUUUUUUUUUUUUUUAAACUUCAUUAAUGUUGUCUGCCAUCAGUGAUAUGUGCUAUAACAUUCCAGAGCCGUUAGAAAGUUUCUGAGAAAUACAGCCCUGCAGUCCUGUAGUAUUGCAUUAGCCAUGUGAUGACAGUCAUAUAUACACUUAAGCUGCACUGUGUUUGAUGGAGCAAUUGCCUUUGACUGAGUAUGUAUUGGCAUUUCUGAAAGGUCUGUUGGGCAGUUCAUUUUGUGUGUGUAUUUGUAUAUACAGUUUAUAUUCAAGCUAACUGAAACAUUUGCAUUAGCCUUUAUACUUUUAAGUAAUGCAAUGUUUGUUUUAUACUUAAGCAUAUUGCUGGAAAACAGAGGCAUUCCUUGUAACAUGAGGUAGCUUUGAAGGUCUUUUUACCUUUCAGUAUUAUUCAUGUAUGGUGGCGUUCUGCACUGAAAUGCGAGGCAAUAUGAAUGGACGUAAUUCUUCAUUAUGCUUCAAAUGCUUCAAAACUUCACUCAUUUGAAUCAUUUGAAUUAAGCGUUGGUUAACGUGGUUGCAUUACACCAUACUGCAGCACAGUUUAUGCUGGGCUGCUUACUUUCAGUCAUAUGUUAAACAAUCACUUUUUUCUUGCUGUUAGUCAUUCUUUAAGUCAAAAAAAGGAUCGAUAAGUAAGAAUAUGCCACAUGCAGUAUUCACAGGCUGUGUGUAAUAUAGUCCCACUCCCUUUCUCAUAAUUAUUGUUAAUUGAAUGUAGAAUAAUUAUAUGUAUAAUGGACUGUGUGUGUGCAGUUAAAUAUUUGCUCAUUAGACUAAAAGUGCAAUUUAUACUUUUCUUGUACAGUAUGUAUUGAUUUGUGAACCAUAUUCAGUAUAUGAAUACAAAUGUCAAUUACACCCAUUUACUGUAAGUUCUAAGAGUAUAUUUUAAUCACUUUUACAUUGGCACUGGUGAUUCCAACGGUUUCCAAGAGUAUAGUGUGGAUGUGAAGAAGGCUCAAUGUUGAGCCAGUCAUAUUUUCUUUAUUUUGAUUCAGAUAUGGCAAAUCCUUUUUGUUGAGCUGUCAUUUUACACUUCAUUUUGAGAGCGUGAGAGCCAAAUGCAUCUUCUGUUCAAUUUUUUUCUUUCAAUAUUUGCAUAAAACACUUUCUAUACAUUUCAACAUUGGUGCUGUUUAAAUACAUACAUUUUGUUGUUAUUGUUGUUUAUUUACUUGGUGUCAUAAUAUGUUUUGAAAAUUCCACUUUUCAUAAAUGGUUACUUUUGCCUCUUUUUUGUGUCUGGAGUUUUGUCUAGUACUUUCUACACUAUUUAGUUUACUUUUUUCCAGAAAGCACUAGGCAAUAAUUUAAUUGUUUUUUUGUUUGUUUGUUUUUUUCUUUUAAAUAUGAAAAACACAUUUGGAUGAGAUAAAUGUCAUGAUGAUGUGUUGAUGGGUUUCUUGUAAAUAAUGCAUAUGAUAUUGGGUCUGGGAUUUUUGGUCAUUUAGCAGAAUUAAACUUUACAGAUAAUACAUCAGUUCCAUUUGCAGGACCACCUUCUCUCUCUCUCUCUCUCUCUCUCUCUCUCUCUCUUGUUUUACUUUUUAUUGAUUUUUAUUCAUUAUUCAUUAUUCAUGUCCUGAUUUAAAAGAAAAAAAAACUUGUUCAUUUUCUAAUUUCUUUAACAUGAUUUUCCUCAUGUUGUUAAUGAGUGUCCAUAAAAGGCUCAAUUCAUUUCAAGUACGUUUAUGUGAUAGUGCUGUUGAGCCAAAUAAACUCCUCUAAAUACC